UAGCUAAUGAACUAACCUAAGCUGGGCCUCUGAGGUUUCUGCAGCAUUUUACGACCUUGAACCUCUGAAGUUAUAAGAAACUCUGCACUGGACCUUUAAGAAGUUGCUCAAAACUGUGUCUUUUUUAUUUCACCUGAUGAAUUCGGACAUUGCAGUGGGAGUGAGUGAGUGAUUUCGUCGGUGGUGCAAGGAUGGAUCCACAUGGACGUCAUUUCAACACUUACGACCCCUGGAGUAGAGGAAUAAGUGGCAGGGAGUCAGUCAAUCAGCAGCACCACAUUCAUCCAGAGCUGCUGCAGCCGCUGCUGCUGGUGCUGCCGCCUCAGUGAGCACAGCCCCGCAGCGCCGACACGUACACACACACACACACAGACACACACUGAGACAGACAGACAGGCAGACAGGAGAGGUGACAGAGCUGUCAGAGAAACCUGGACGGUUACGGGAGCCGCAGAGCUGAGAAGAGCCGCCGUCACUAUGUUACUUAGCGGCUCCACAGGAAGCUGAACAACCGAGCGUUUAGCUCCACAGCAACGGCGGCGACAGCGGCGAAGGUGUGUGUGUGUGCCAGUCAUGUCGGAUAAGAUGUCCAGCUUCCUUCACAUUGGGGACAUCUGUUCCCUGUACGCAGAAGGAUCCACCAAUGGUUUCAUUAGCACUCUGGGCUUGGUGGAUGACCGAUGUGUCGUCCAGCCUGAUGCAGGAGAUCUCAACAACCCUCCGAAGAAGUUCAGAGACUGCCUGUUCAGGCUGUGUCCCAUGAACCGUUACUCAGCCCAGAAGCAGUUCUGGAAAGCAGCAAAGCCGGGAGGGAACACUGACACUGUGCUCCUCAACAAGCUCCAUCACGCAGCUGACCUGGAGAAGAAGCAAAACGACUCUGAAAACAAAAAACUGCUUGGAACAGUCAUUCAGUACGGGAAUGUUAUUCAGCUCCUUCACCUGAAGAGCAACAAAUACCUGACGGUGAACAAGCGACUGCCUGCGCUGUUGGAGAAGAAUGCCAUGAGAGUGAUGUUGGACACUGCUGGGAACGAGGGCUCCUGGUUUUACAUCCAGCCGUUCUACAAACUCCGCUCCAUUGGGGACAGCGUGGUGAUUGGGGAUAAAGUGGUCCUGAACCCUGUCAAUGCGGGGCAGCCGCUCCACGCCAGCUCACAUCAGCUCGUGGAUAAUCCCGGAUGCAACGAGGUGAACUCUGUCAACUGUAACACCAGCUGGAAGAUUGUGUUGUUCAUGAAAUGGGGCGACAAUCAAGAAAUCGUCCUGAAAGGGGGCGAUGUGGUACGAUUGUUUCAUGCAGAACAGGAGAAGUUCCUCACGUGUGAUGAUCACAGAAGAAAACAAUACGUCUUCCUCCGCACUACUGGACGGCAGUCGGCUACCUCGGCAACCAGCAGCAAAGCCCUGUGGGAGAUUGAGGUUGUGCAACAUGAUCCGUGUCGAGGGGGAGCGGGUUACUGGAACAGCCUCUUCAGAUUCAAACACCUGGCAACCGGACAUUACCUGGCUGCAGAGGUGAAUCCAGAGUAUGAAGAGGAGUGCCUGGAGUCCCGCGCUUCACUGGAAUCGGAGCAAGAAGCCCUAAGAGCCCGUUUGAGAAACGUCCAGGACAAAGUCAUGUACACUCUUGUGUCCGUUCCUGACGGAAAUGACAUUUCCUCCAUAUUUGAACUGGACCCGACCACCUUGAGAGGGGGAGACUCAUUAGUACCCAGAAACUCGUACGUGCGCCUCAGACACCUGUGCACCAACACGUGGGUUCACAGCACCAACCAACCGAUCGAUAAGGAGGAGGAGAAACCUGUCAUGCUGCGCAUCGGCACAUCGACACUCAAAGAGGACAAAGAGGCUUUUGCCAUCGUGCCCGUUUCCCCCGCUGAAGUGCGAGACCUUGACUUUGCCAAUGAUGCCAGUAAAGUGCUCGCGUCCAUCGCUGGAAAGCUGGAAAAGGGCACCAUCACGCAGAACGAGAGGAGAGCGGUGACUAAGCUUCUGGAGGAUCUGGUGUUCUUUGUCGUGGACAUUCCCAACAAUGGACAGGAUGUUUUAGAGAUCAUGGUCAACAAACCCAACAGAGAGCGGCAGAAACUCAUGAGGGAACAGAAUAUUCUCAAACAGAUCUUCAAGCUGCUGCAGGCUCCGUUCACAGACAGUGGGGAUGGGCCCAUGCUGCGACUGGAGGAGCUGGCUGACCAGCGUCACGCUCCCUUCAGACACAUCUGCCGCCUGUGUUACCGGGUUUUGCGUCAUUCGCAGCAGGACUACAGGAAGAACCAGGAGUACAUUGCCAAGCAGUUUCGCUUCAUGCAGAAACAGAUCGGCUAUGAUGUCCUGGCAGAAGACACGAUCACAGCUCUGCUGCACAACAACCGCAAGCUGCUGGAGAAACACAUCACUGCUGCAGAGAUCGACACAUUUGUUAGUCUGGUCCGCAAGAACCGUGAGCCAAGGUUCCUGGACUAUCUUUCCGACUUGUGUGUGUCAAUGAAUAAGUCCAUCCCUGUGACACAGGAGCUCAUCUGUAACGCAGUGCUGGAUCCAGCGAACGCUGACAUCCUCAUAGAAACAAAACUGGUGUUGUCGAGGUUUGAGAUUGAGGGUGCGCCACUCGGGGAGAACUCUGUGGAGUCAGAGGAAGAUGAAGAGGAAGUGUGGUUGUUUUGGAAGGACAGCAACAAGGAGAUCCGCAGUAAAAGCAUCAGGGAGCUGGCCCAGGAUGCCAAAGAGGGCCAGAAGGAGGACCAGGAGGUGAUCAGUUACUACAGGUACCAGCUGAACCUGUUUGCCAGAAUGUGUUUGGACCGUCAGUAUUUGGCAAUCAACAAGAUCUCUGGCCAGCUGGACGUGGAUUUGAUCUUACGAUGCAUGUCAGACGAAGACCUGCCCUAUGACCUGCGAGCCUCCUUCUGCCGCAUGAUGCUGCACAUGCACGUGGACCGUGACCCUCAGGAGCAGGUCACUCCGGUCAAAUACGCUCGACUGUGGUCAGAGAUCCCCUCAGAGAUUGCCAUUGAUGAUUAUGACAAUAAUGGCACAUCGAAGGAUGAAAUUAAGGAGAGAUUCUCGGAGACGAUGGAGUUUGUUGAGAACUACCUGAGAGACGUGGUCUGUCAGAGUUUCCCCUUUGCCGAUAAAGAGAAGAACAAGCUGACAUUUGAGGUGGUGAAUCUGGCCAGAAACCUGAUUUAUUUUGGUUUCUACAACUUCAGCGACCUGUUGAGACUCACUAAGAUCCUCCUGGCUAUUCUAGACUGUGUCCAUUUGAACACAAUUUUCCCUUUCAGUAAACUGGAGAAAGGAGAUGAGAAUAAAGGCAGCAAUGUGAUGAGGUCUAUCCAUGGCGUUGGCGAGCUGAUGUCCCAAGUAGUGUUGCGAGGAGGCGGCUUCCUACCCAUGACGGCCACCAACAGCUCGAGUGGAGACUCGGUCAAGACUCAGACUGAACCGGAGAAACAGGACAUACUGGUCAUGGACACCAAACUCAAGAUCAUUGAGAUCCUGCAGUUCAUCCUAAAUGUCCGCCUGGACUACAGGAUCUCCUGUCUGCUCUCUAUAUUCAAGAGGGAGUUUGAUGAGAGCAACUCCCAGAGUGAGUUAUCUGUGACUGGAAUAGUGGAAGGACCAAACAACAUGCCAGGGGCUCUGGAUUUUGAGCAUAUAGAAGAGCAGGCAGAGGGGAUAUUUGGUGGAAGCGAAGAGAACACGCCGCUGGAUCUGGACGACCAAGGCGGCCGCACCUUCUUGAGAGUCCUGCUUCACUUAACCAUGCACGACUAUCCUCCUCUGGUGUCCCGAGCCCUGCAUCUGCUCUUCAGACACUUUAGCCAAAGGCAGGAAGUGCUACAGGCUUUUAAGCAGGUCCAGUUAUUGGUCACCAGCCAAGAUGUGGAAAAUUACAAGCAAAUCAAGUCAGACCUGGACCAGCUGCGCUCGAUUGUAGAAAAGUCAGAGCUUUGGGUGUACAAGAGGCAGGGGCCUGAUGAAGGCAUGGACACAGGAGAGGGUUUGUCCACUCUCAAUGCAGCCCAUAAUAAGGGAGACUCUGGGGGGACAGACAAACCUAAGAAGCCAGAAAGUACAAGCAGUUACAACUACAGAGUGGUGAAGGAGAUCCUGCUGCGGCUCAGCAGGUUGUGUGUCCAAGAAGGUCUGUCGGGUAGGAAGAGCAAGAAGCAACAGCAGAGACUUUUGAGGAACAUGGGAGCUCAUGCUGUGGUCCUCGAGCUCCUACAGAUCCCCUACGAGAAGGGUGAAGAUUUGCGUAUGCAGGACAUCAUGAAGCUCGCCCAUCAGUUCCUGCAGAACUUCUGUGCAGGAAACCAGCAGAACCAAGUCCUGCUGCAUAAGCACAUCAAUCUCUUUCUCAAUCCAGGGAUCUUAGAAGCCAUCACCAUGCGGCACAUCUUCAUGAACAACUUCCAGCUAUGCAGCGAGAUCAAUGAGCGCGUGGUCCAACAUUUCGUCCACUGCAUCGAAACACACGGCCGCAACGUCCAGUACCUCAAGUUUCUGCAGACGAUCGUCAAAGCGGAGAACAAGUUCAUCAAAAAGUGCCAAGACAUCGUCAUGGCAGAGCUUGUGAACGCGGGCGAAGAUGUGUUGGUCUUCUACAAUGACCGCGCCUCCUUCCAGACGCUGGUCCAGAUGAUGCGAUCGGAACGCGACCGCAUGGAUGAGAAUAGUCCUCUGAUGUAUCACAUUCACCUGGUGGAGCUGUUGGCGGUUUGCACAGAGGGCAAGAACGUCUACACGGAGAUCAAGUGCAACUCCCUGUUGCCACUGGAUGACAUAGUGCGUGUGGUGACACACGAGGACUGCAUACCUGAGGUGAAGAUCGCCUACAUCAACUUCCUAAAUCACUGCUACGUGGACACUGAGGUGGAAAUGAAGGAGAUCUACACUUCCAACCACAUGUGGAAACUCUUUGAGAACUUCCUGGUGGAUAUAUGCAGGGUAUGCAACAAUACAAGCGAUCGUAAGCACGCGGACACCAUCCUGGAGCGCUACGUGACGGAGACGGUCAUGGGCAUCGUGACGACUUUCUUCAGCUCGCCGUUUUCUGACCAGAGCACCAGCCUGCAGGCGUCUGUGUUGGGGAAAAUAAUUCAGACCAGGCAGCCGGUCUUUGUGCAGCUGUUGCAGGCAGUGUUCCGGGUCUUCCACUGUAACUGGCUGAUCCCAGUGCAGAAAGGCUCUGUUGAGAACUGUAUCAAGGUGCUCUCUGAUGUUGCCAAAGGCAGAGCUAUAGCCAUCCCAGUGGACCUGGACAAUCAAGUCAACAAUCUGUUUGUGAAAUCCAACAACAUCGUCCAGAAGACAGCCAUGAGCUGGAGACUUAGUGCACGCAACGCUGCCUGCAGGGACUCUGUGGUGACCGCUUCCCGGGACUACAGGAACAUUAUUGAGAGGCUGCAGGACAUUGUGUCAGCUCUCGAGGACCGUCUGCGACCGCUGGUCCAGGCUGAGUUGUCAGUCCUGGUGGACGUGCUGCAUCGGCCUGAGCUGCUCUUCCCUGAGAAUACAGACUCCCGCAAGAAGUGUGAGAGCGGGGGUUUCAUAUGCAAGCUGAUCAAACACACCAAGCAGCUGCUGGAGGAGAAUGAGGAGCGACUGUGCAUCAAAGUUCUGCAAACGCUGCGCGAGAUGAUGACAAAAGACCGGGGUUAUGGAGAGAAGCUCAGGGCCUUUGAUGAUGAGAUGGAUUUGCCUAAGCAGCUGGAUCAGAACCAGCCUGAGAAGUUGUUGGAGGACCAGAAGAGGGGCGAAGCACUGAGACUGAUUCUGGUGAACCGUUACUAUGGCAACUUCCGUCGCAACGGUGGGCGGAGGGACAGCCUGACGUCAUUUUCGAAUGGCCCCCUCAGUCCGGUUGGACCUGGCAGAAGCCAAUCAGCGUUAGGAGGGCCCGGGGGCUUGAGUCGUGGUGAAAUGAGUCUGGCAGAGGUACAGUGUCACCUGGACAAAGAGGGAGCCUCUGACCUGGUUAUCGACCUCAUCAUGAACACGACUAGUGACCGAGUCUUCCAAGAAAGCAUCCACUUGGCCAUAGCGUUGCUGGAAGGUGGAAACACCACCAUUCAGCGUUCCUUCUUUUGCCGUCUGACGGAGGACAAGAAAUCCGAAAAGUUCUUCCGGGUUUUCUAUGAUCGUAUGAAGUUGGCUCAGCUUGAGAUCAAAGCCACGGUGACGGUGAAUACCAGCGACCUGGGUAACAGGAAGAGGGAUGAUGAGAGUCAGGAUAAAGACGCCCCUGUCCGUAAAAAAGCCAGAGACUCUGCUGUGGUCAUGACAGAGGAUGUGAAGGAGCAACUAAUAGAAGCCUCGUCCGCCACCAAGAAGGCCUUCAACUCCUACAGGCGCGAGGCUGACCCCGAGGACCACUUCGCCUCGGCAGACGGUCAGCCCAGCACCGGAGACAAGAACAACGAUGAAGGAGAGAUGAGCUUUGUCAUCGUCAUCAUGCAGCCAAUCCUCCGCUUCCUCCAGCUUCUCUGUGAGAAUCACAACCGUGACCUACAGAACUUCCUUCGUUGUCAGAACAACAAGAACAACUACAACCUUGUGUGUGAGACCCUGCAGUUCUUGGACUGUAUCUGCGGCAGCACCACGGGGGGGCUCGGUCUGCUGGGACUGUACAUCAAUGAAAAGAAUGUGGCCCUCAUCAACCAAACUUUGGAGAGUCUCACAGAGUAUUGCCAGGGCCCCUGCCAUGAAAAUCAGAAUUGCAUUGCUACUCAUGAGUCAAACGGUAUCGAUAUCAUCAUCGCUCUGAUCCUUAACGACAUCAACCCACUUGGAAAAAAGCGAAUGGACCUGGUGCUGGAGCUCAAGAACAAUGCGUCCAAGCUGCUGCUCGCCAUCAUGGAGAGCCGGCACGACAGCGAGAAUGCUGAGAGGAUCCUGUACAACAUGAGGCCGAAAGAGCUGGUGGAGGUGAUAAAAAAAGCCUAUCUACAGGGAGAGGUAGAGUUUGAGGAGUCAAAGGAGGAGGAGGAUAACGGGGAAGAGGAGGAACAUGAUGCCGCUUCCCCCAGAAAUGUUGGACACAACAUCUACAUAUUAGCUCACCAGCUGGCGCGUCAUAACAAGGAACUGUCCAUCAUGUUGAAGCCAGGAGGGGCCAGUGGAGAAGGAGAUGAGGCCCUGGAGUUCUACGCCAAUCACACGGCUCAGAUAGAGAUUGUGCGUCAGGAUCGUACCAUGGAGGAGAUAGUUUUCCCCGUGCCCAAUAUAUGCGAGUUCUUGACCUUGGAGUCAAAGCUGAGAGUUUACUACACCACAGAGAGAGACGAGCAGGGCAGCAAGAUCAACGACUUCUUCCUGCGAGCGGAGGAUCUCUUCAAUGAGAUGAACUGGCAGAAAAAACUCAGAGCCCAGGCGGUGCUGUACUGGUGCUCCAGAAACAUAUCAGUGUGGAGUACCAUCUCCUUCAACCUGGCUGUGCUCAUGAACCUGCUGGUCUGCUUGUUCUACCCCCUGGAGGGGAUACAUGGAGGUAUGUUGGAUUCACACCUGUCUGCACUGCUGUGGAUGGGAGUCUUGGCAACGCUGGUCAUCGUCAUCAUCAUGCCCCAACCGCUCGGCAUCCGUGCGCUGGUCAUAGUCACCAUCUUGCGUCUCAUCUUUUCUGUUGGCCUGGAGCCCACGCUCUUCCUCCUGGGUGCCUUCAAUGUGUGUAAUAAAAUAAUCUUCAUGAUAAGUUUUGUUGGGAAUCGAGGAACCUUCACGCGGGGCUACAAAGUCAUGGUGCUGGACUUUGAGUUCCUCUACCACCUCAUCUACCUCAUCAUCUGCUGUAUGGGGGUGUUUGUUCACGUCUUCUUCUACAGUUUGUUGUUGUUUGACCUGGUGUACAGAGAGGAGACGUUACUAAAUGUAAUAAAGAGUGUGACACGUAACGGACGCUCCAUCGUGCUCACCGCGGUGCUGGCCCUCAUCCUGGUCUACUUGUUCUCCAUUGUGGGCUACAUUUUCUUCAAAGACGACUUCAUCCUGGAAGUGGACCGGAUUCCCAAUACAACCAUGAAAAGUGGAGCCAGUCUGACCAGCGAGUUUCUGUCUGAAGGAAUGUGUCACGGAGGAGUGGAUGAGAACUGUACCUCAGGGACGCUGCAGGAAGAUUUGGGGAGUAACAGUGAGGAGGACAGCGACGUGGAGCGGACGUGUGACUCUUUACUAAUGUGUAUCGUCACUGUGCUGAGUCACGGCCUGAGGAGCGGAGGGGGCGUCGGGGAUGUUCUCCGCAAACCUUCCAAAGAGGAACCACUGUUUGCAGCCAGAGUCAUAUAUGACUUGCUGUUCUUCUUCAUGGUCAUCAUUAUUGUCCUCAACCUCAUUUUUGGUGUCAUCAUCGACACCUUUGCUGACCUGAGGAGUGAAAAACAGAAGAAAGAAGAAGUGCUGAAGACGACGUGCUUCAUCUGUGGCCUGGAGCGGGACAAGUUUGACAACAAAACCGUGACUUUUGAGGGGCACAUCAAAGAGGAGCACAACAUGUGGCACUACCUGUUCUUUAUCGUGCUGGUUAAAGUCAAAGACUCCACUGAGUACACGGGCCCCGAGAGCUACGUGGCUGAGAUGAUCAAGGAGCACAACCUGGACUGGUUUCCACGGAUGCGUGCCAUGUCGCUGGUGAGCAGCGACGCUGAGGGCGAGCAGAAUGAGAUCAGGAACCUGCAGGAGAAGCUGGAGUCGACCAUGAGACUGGUGGCCAACCUGUCUGGACAGCUGACUGAGCUUAAGGAGCAGAUGACCGAGCAGAGGAAGCAGAAGCAGCGGAUCGGCCUCCUCGGGCAUCCGCCUCAUAUGAACAUCAAUCCGCAGCAGCCCGCCUGAAGAUCCCUGGCCUCCACUUGUGCCUGAGUUCUCCUGACGGUGAAGCACAUGUUACACAGGAGAGCGUCAACACACGUCCCCUCUCCUGUAUGUAUUUAGGUCUGACUGUAGACUGCAGCGCACGCUCCACCACUGAAGUGUUCCUGCACCUUAUGUGCUUCUAUGAAGGGAAAGUUAUCUGAGUGUGUGACUCGUGGUCUCAGGUGUGUGUGUGUGUGUGUGUGGAUGAGUGAGCGCUCAGUGCCUCUGGACCUGAGGAGCCCCCGUCUUGUAGGUUUUUGGGGAUGAAAAUCACUUGACUUCAGCUUUCCUACCCUGAACGCCUUCUGCAUUGUACCACACUGACAGCAUGCCAAAGUUCCUGAGGGAGGAUUUCUCUCGAGUGGCCUUGUUAUGAGGUUUCAGUCCUCAGCGUUGCACGGUCGUUCCAGCUCAGGUCACGUGGGUUUGAAGGUUUGUUUUGAACACUACAUCACAUCGCUCUAUUUUUGUCUGACGGAAGAAGGAAGAAAAAAAACGAAAUAUGCAAAGACUAAAUAAGGAUUAACUCUUGCGAGCUGAUGUGUGCUUUCAUAUGUGAAAUCAAAGUAUAUUAUAUAUUUAAAAAAAAAACAAAGAAUUCACUUUAUUUUCCAAUGUGUUUUCUUCUUCACAUGAGGACAGCACUUUCUUAUCACUUUCAUAAUAUUUUGUAAUCUGAAUGAAGGUUCUGUUUUGUCCCAGGACACUCAUUUUACACUUUUUUUUUGAAUACCUGUAUGAAGAUACUGGAGAGGCCUAGGGUUGACAAGUCACGUGACUUUAGUUCCGUGUUAUUCUCAGCAGUGAUUGGAGUGACACAGCACAAGCAUAGAGCCACACUCAAAGGACUUUGGGACUGAAGGUAAAUUAGAUUUAUUUUUCUUCUGUGCACUGAAAUAUUUAAUCCUCCUUUAAAUUCAUUUAGUCCUAAAAGCACUGAUGUUUUUCUGUAGCACUCAAACAAACUUUUCCGUCACUUUAUUAAAGAACCACAACAGAAUAACGCCGCAAGUGUUUAAAGGAAAAGAAAGAGACGUACGAUUGUCGUGUGUCGCUCGACCCAACUCAACUUUUAUACUAAUAGAUUGGUCUGUGUCUGAAUUGUACAUUUUCCAUUCUUGGAGUAUAUUUAAAUAAACAAGUGUGUAAAACAA